AUGUAUAGCCGUCUCUUCACCCUCUUCGCCCUCUUCGCCCUCCUUGCCAGCACAAUGAUAUGUGCUGUUGCAUCCCCGAUUGCCGCAACCGUAGCAGCGGACGCCGCCCUCGAAGAGCGCACAUGCCGCAUAGGCUGUAAAUUUGUCGAACCGGACGAAUCGAGCUCGAUAGAGUUCAACACGGCAGACUCGUCUGCAACCUCGGUUGCCAGCACUGCAUCCGUCGUGGUCUCCACCUCCGCGGCUUCCACCACCACAACCUGCUCUACACCUGCGACAUCUACCUCCGAGUCGACAACAACAGUCGCGCAGACUACGACAGAACCGGAGCCCUCACCCGAAUCCCAGCUCGUGCCUUUUUCAGAGCCGGAGACUCAACCAGCGUCGGCCGUCAUCGCGACGAGCGGCGCUCUAUCCUCAAUAUCACGAACACCGUUCGCCUCGCUAGCGGCGCUCAGCACAGCAGCCGGCGCACUCGUGUUCCUUCUAUGA